AGAGGAUAGAAGGGAUGAACUUAAAAAAAGAAAAUGGCUGUGCAUAUAAAAGUAUAAAAGAAUAAAUAACUGAAUUAAUAUAAUUUAUGCAAAAUACAACUUGGGGAGCAAUUAUGGGGUAACCUUUUGGGGUUAUAGGUUAUUCUAACCUUGGAUUUGUGUUUGAUAGAGAUAGAAUCCAUGAGUAUUAGACUUAUUGGCCCAAAGAAGAGACUGGUUUAGCAAGAGAUGUAUAUAUUGGAUUUAAAUAUCAAUGUGUGGAAUAUGCUAGAAGAUUUCUAACAUUGAAAUUUAAAGCUGCCUUUACUGAUAUUCCUCAUGCUCAUAACAUCUGGGCACUUGAUAUAAUUGAGGAUUGCACUAAGGAAGAAGGAACAUUCCCAUUUGUCAAUUAUCCAAAUGGCUCUAAAGAACCACCUUAGUUUGGAGAUCUCAUAAUAUAUCCAUAUUCGAAGGAACAGAGAUUCGGCCAUGUUGGAGUUAUUCUCAAUGUGAAUUUGGAAGAAAAGUAUGUUGAUAUUGGUGAACAAAAUUACGAAGAGGCAGGAUGGGAAUGCCCAGAAUAUGCAAGAAGAUUAAUAAUGAAGAUAGAAAAUGGUCAAUAUUUCAUAACAAACAAAAGAAUUGGAAAACCUUAUGAUAAUUGGGACAUUAAUGAGGAAAUUUUUGGAUGGAAAAGAAUCGAUUUCAGCCAAAAAUAAUGAUUGUUUUUGUAAUUCAUAUUUAACAAUUUGAAUUUGCAGUGUUUUAUAAAUUUUUCAUAAUUUA